UGACCAGAACUUUUCGAUAGAUAACGCUCUAAGAUGUUAAGCGCGACGAACUUGGCAGUGUAUUCACACAUACGAGCUUUCGUUAUCGUGCUGAUAAUCCUGCGAUACAAUCCGUUGGCGUACAAUAUAAACUCGCGCAGUGUCCAAAUAUUCAACUAUCCCGUGACUGCAUCGUCACUUCGGCGCGGCAGUUAUUUCGGCUUCUCGGUAGCCCUGUAUGCAGGUACGGACAAUUCCUUGGUGCUCGUCGGAGCACCGCGGGCGAACUCCACGAGAUUACACAAUGUCAAGGAACCGGGAACAGUUUUCCAGUGUGCGAUGAACGGCGUGUGCAAAGAAUGGUUGGUCGAUCAAUCCGUGAACGGUGUGUAUCCUCGCAACAGACGAAUCAAGCAAAUUAAGGAUAACGCAUGGAUCGGUGCGACCAUCGCUGUGGAGAAUAAGACAAUAGCCAGAGUUGUGGUUUGCGGACCGCGGUGGAAAAUGAGCAGGUACCAUUAUAUAUACGGUAUUUGUUACGGGACACUGGCUACCAAUAUUGAUGCAUUCAAGAGAGAAGCGCAGCAGCAUUGGUUACCAACCUACGACAGUCCCAGGCAGAUAAAAGUGUCCCCCUACAUCUACAACUAUGCGUAUAGCCAAGUCGGCUUUUCCUUGCACAUGAAUUCACGAAAUUACGACGUAGAUAUCGCGCUGGGUGCCCCAGGCAUGUUCGGCUGGGAAGGCGAUGCGAUAUUAAUUACCAAUGCAUUUAACAAGUCUACUUCGCACACGAUAAUUGCCUCAGUCGUUGGAGAGACAUGGCUUGAUAUUCACAAUUAUUUCGGAUACGCCAUAACAUCGGGCGCUUAUUUCAAACAGGGAGACAUGUUGUACGCAACCGGAGCAACGACCGGAAGUAUAAAUUUGCGCGGGAAGGUCUUAGUUUUUAAAUCCAUGGAGAGUAUAAAUUAUAUGAAAGUAGCAAACGCGGUAGAAGGCCAACAAAUCGGGGAGUACUUUGGCGCCGCUCUAACGUCAUGCGACAUUAACAAUGACGGCAAAGAUGAAUUGGUUGUUGGCGCACCGCAAUGGACUAAAGACAUGGACGAAGGCUGCGUUUACAUCUUCACAACGCAACAUAGCGCGAAUCUCAAGUUAUCGACUAAAAUCGAAGGCGAGAUCGCCGGUGGUAGAUUCGGAUCCACCUUAAUGUGCCUGGGUGACGUUGAUUACGACGGCUACGGUGAUAUCGCCAUCGGUGCGCCGUACGAAGAGGAGAGCGGCGGCGCUGUGUACAUAUACAACGGGAAUGUGGAGGGCGUCUUCAAGAGAUACAGUCAGAGAUUGAUCGGUUCGGAUUACUCGCCGCUGAUGCGCGGAUUUGGCAUCUCCAUUUCGGAACCCCGUGACAUCAACGGCGACAAGUACCCCGACAUCGCCGUGGGCGCCUAUCUGUCCGAGAAAGUCGUCCUGCUGAGAACCAUGCCGGUCGUCACGCUGAACGUGACGCUAGCGUACCUGCAAAAGAUUAGAUUGCUGAAAAACACGUCGUCCUUCGUGAUCGACAUGCAGGUGUAUUACGAGGGCGCAUACGUACCCGAGAGUCUGCGAAUCGUUAAGGUCUUGAAAAUCGAUCAAACGCACGGCAGAGUCUCGUAUCAUGAGCAGAGAAGUAACGACGGAAUGUACAGGAUACCAGACAUUCUUUACAAGAAUAGGAAUUUGCGUAGUUCGCACGAGAUACAUUUCAUGGAAGAAAUACAAAACAUACUAGAUCCGUUCGAGAUUUUCGUGUCUGUAGAGCUAGAGGACGAUCUCUCCGCGAGGAACCAGAGUGACAUGUUCUGUACAUCUUGCGUCGUGAUAAACAAAUUUCGGUCGAAAACCAAGGAUCUCGUGAAGUUGCCGUUUGCCGUGGAAUGCGGCGAAGACGAAAUAUGCAUGUCUGAUCUCAGUGUCAUGUUGACCACCGACUUGAAGUCGAACAACCGGUACGUUAUCGGCUCCUCGUCGACGAUCGCGUUGCACAUUGACACUCGCAAUCGAGGCGAGCCAGCCUACCAAGCCAAGGUGCACAUCUUCAUCGAGGCAUUGUCGCUAGCGAAUAUCCCGCCCAAGUGCAUGGAGAACUCGCGUACGAGCUACAUCCUCCACGUGGUCUGCGAUAUCGGCAAUCCUCUGAGAACGAAUAAAAAUUUAACGCUGCAGCUAGACACGAGUAUGGUGACGUAUGACAUCAAGCAGGCAGUGAUACGGGCGAACAUCAGCACUCAUAGCAAUGAGUCGACGUCAAGUGACAACAGCCACGUCACCACCGUGCACUUCGACGUGGACAUGGAUGUAGCGAUCGUCGGGAAAGCACAGGUGAAUUCGUACUCGUACUCACGCGAGAACAAGGAGAUGCCACUCGAAAAUGUGAAGUACCAACACUUCUACGAGAUUCAGAGAUUCGGCGUCAGUCCGAUCGAGGAGGUCACCUUGACCAUGAGGAUUCCGACUCACUGGCAACACAGUACCGGGAACAUCGUGAUCGCCAAUAUCAGUAGCGUCAUCAGCAUCUUGGACGGAUCACCAUUUCAUUGUGGUGAUUUCAAUCACAACGAUGCACCGUUAAUCGACGAUUCUACAAUCGCGUCUCUUGCACUCGUGACCAAUUCGUCGUACAUCGCGAGCAACAACACGCACGCAAACUUUAGCAGCGGGGAGAAUACACUGAUCGACGUGCCGCCCGCAAACAGAACGUUGUACGUUAACUGCACGAACAAUUCGGUGCGAUGCAAGCAAAUCAGUUGUAAAGUAGGACCGUUCCCGAACACCUUGUCCGUCGCGAAGCUGCUGAUAACGCUGGAUCUGCAAGUACUGAAUUUUCACGCCACUUUGAUGAAGGACAAAGACAUCGUAUUUUACGUGUCCGAAGGUAAUGUUAUCAUAACGCAGCCGUACAAUAUUAUCCAGAGACAUGGUCAUAAGCCGGAUGCUGCUUUCGUUGCUACAACAUUUGUAGGCACGCCGGUGGCUGAGCGAAUAGCCAUGUGGAUAUUAGCACUUUCGAUAGCGCUAGGAAUUAUACUGCUGCUACUGCUAAUCUUGGGUUUGAUAAAGGUCGGGUUCUUCAAUAGGAAGAAGAAAAUGGAGCUCGAGGCAUUGAAGGCCGAAUCUGACGUAUGUUUAGCAUUCUCGCAAUGUUCCGUAAAUGAAAAUUUCGAUUCAUUUGGUAUCAUCUACUGAACUGUAAUUGGCAUUUCAGAAAAAAUAUAACGUAGUGCU